UCAGCACCCUGGUUCCGAGUGAUAUAACAUGAGUGUUCUUCAGAGAUUGACCCUGCUCGCUGGGCGCUGAGAGCGCAAGACCUUGCCCGUUCGUUCGUCCAGUCUGCCUCAAUCUACUCACGCAAUCUUGACUUUACCCCAAGUGGCAUUCCGCUCUUACACUCCUAGACUCUCACACUGCUGGUAUCAUUCCGCCAUUGGCUUAAUCAUCCUGCCCCUAAGCCAACCAAACCCCGCCUCAUUCGCAACCUCAAAAAGUCAUACCUUUCUAUAGUACGGCACUAUUUCACACAAAAGGAAACCGAACGCAAAAAAAUGAUGGAUGAAGCCCCCUCAAAAGCGCCCCCGGCUCCUACCGUUGAGGCAUCGGUCGAAGCUCAGGUUAAAGCCCCGCAGCCUCGUAUGAGCGACCAUUGCACGAACGAUGCUCCACUCGAUAUUUCGGAGGUUGCUGCUGGUGAAAUUGCUAAGCUUGCGGAUGUUGAUGUUUAUGUUUCUAAGCCAGAGGGAGUGUUUUCCAGCGCCGCUAGGCUGGUCCUCCUAUUGACCGGCGGAACCGGCAUCACGGCGAAGACAAACCAGAUACAGGCAGAUCAUUUUGCUCGGAAGGGAUACUUUGUUGUUAUGCCUGAUCUGAUGUGCCCCAGGCGAUUCGGCUCCUAAUGCCGCUGCAGUAACAGCACAUACCGAAAAUGCGGAUCUUCUCGAGACGAUAAAGUUUAGAGCCGCGGAGGG